AUGCCACACGAAAUUCAGUCAAAAUCUCAACGUACAGUGGUUCAUCCACGAACAUUUAGUGGUCUAAAAGACGUUCUCGUUGAAAUGUUAAAAAAUGAUCAACAAUUACAAACACAAGUGCCUGCCAUAGUCAGUUCUAAUAAUAGUGAUGUAUCAAGCUCAGCCAAAGAUAUUAUUGAUGUUAUGUAUCAAGGAGUCUUAAAAGAACUUGGUCAACGUUUGGGUGCAUUAGAAAAACAAACCGUUGCAUUAGAAAAGAAAACAGAAGAUUUAGAACGAUAUAAUCGUACAUGGUGCCUGCGUUUUUAUGGUCUUAAAGAAAGUCAACGUGAGAAUACAACAGCUAAAGUAAUCCAGUUUAUUAAUACAGAAUUGCAACUAAAAUUAUCCAUGGACGAAAUUGAAAAUAGUCAUCGUAUUCGUCAUGAAAAUAAUAAACCUACAAGUCAACAAAAUAAUGAUGAUAAAUGUCAUGCAGUAAUCGUUCGAUUUUAUUCAAGAUCUGUUCGACAAUCGGUGUUAGCAUCAUUAGUCAAAUUGAAAGACUCUCAAAAACCAAGUAAUUCUAUACCCGUUAAGCAAAUUAAACAAGUAAUAUAUGAUUAUAGAGCGGCUGAUUGCGAUGGAUAUCGUCGUGAGCUCUCGGAAACUAACUGGCAUCAGUUAAUUCAUGGAUGCUCUCUUGAUGAAGCUGCUGACCUUAUUCAAAAUAGAAUUAUUGAAGUUGCGAAUUUGUUCAUACCGAACAAAUUAAUCACGCUAUCAUCAAGGGAUAAACCUUGGUUUACCGAAAAUCUACGUUCUCUUGCAAGAGUGAAAAAUAAGGCUUAUAAACGCUAUCAAACCACAAAAAAUGAGCGUGACUGGUUGUCUUUUAAAACAAUCGCUAAGGAGUUUGAAGCUGAAUGUAUGAAAGCAAAAAGUUCAUUCUACAGCAAAUUGUCGACGGACUUGAAUACAAAAUCAAAACGGUGGUGGUCAAUGGUUAAACAUACUUUAGGUGCCAAUGCCUUAUCUUCUGUCCCUCCAAUAAAAGCUAGUAACGGUGAACUCAUGACGGAUUCUAAAGAUAAGGUUAACAUUCUUAAUGAUUAUUUUGCAUCUAUAUGUACGAUGGCGUCUCAAGACGCCAAUGAAAUACCUAAGCAAAUUAAACAGAAUAAAAUGAAAAUGUCAGCUUUUUUAAUCUCUGAGCCAGAAGUAAUUGAUCUAUUGAAUAAAUUAGACUGUCUCAAAGCUUCAUCACCAGGUGUAUCUCCACGAAUGUUGAAAGAAGCGUCUUGGUCGAUCUCAAGUAUUUUAUCGAGUUAUUUGUCCAACAGAGAGAUUAUUACAAUGGUUGAGGGUAGAUAUUCAUCUAAACGUGUAAUAAAUCGUGGUGUUCCUCAAGGGUCUGUUCUUGGGCCGUUGUUGUUUUUAGUGUACAUUGAUGAUUUGUGCAACGGUAUUAUGAGUACUAUUAAACUAUUUGCAGAUGAUGUUUCACUCUAUACUCCAGGUAUUGAUAUAUUACGAGCAGCAACAACGAUUAAUAAUGAUCUUGUCAUUAUUAAUCAGUGGGCGAAAGACUGGACGCUUUCAUUAAAUGCUAAUAAAUGUGUAGCUAUGUGUUUCUCUUUAAAAAGUUUACACAUAUUAACUAUAUAUUGUUAA